AUGGUCGAAUACAUUCCCCCGCCGGAGGAUUUCUCACACCUGAACGCCGUCCAAAGAUAUAUGCAGAAAGGCCAACUGGACAGGCAAGACUAUAUCUGGCUGUUCAUCAUUGUGCUCGCAUACUUCACAGCCAGACCAUAUAUACAAAAGUUCUUCAAAUGGUGGAUGGGCAGCGAAGAGCAGAAAGAGGGCGAGCAAGUGAUGACCGAAUACUUUCAAUCCAAGGCAAAGGUCGGGCCAAACGCCAUUCGAGGGACGGAGUCUGAAGAGCCAAGCCUAAUCCCAGAGAAACCUGGCGAUGCCAGUGCCUCGGGCCGCAAUGUUGAUCAAAAGGGUGGUGUGGUGAACAGGAAGGCUAAGGGCAAGUCCGGAGAAGAACAACUGUUAGAUUGGGAUGACGAGCCGGCAAGACACCCUACAGAAGGAGACAAGAACGACGUCGUUGCAUGGAUGGAUAAGUGGACGAAUGAUGCAGAAUAG